AUGUUAGACCCUCCAUUUUCCCCAGUGUCCUUAUUAACAGAACAGUACCAGCUUUCUUCCACGCAGCCCCAUCACUACGAUCUGGUGUAUUUGCCACGUGUGGAAGGUGACAUUACUCAUAAACAUAGAGAUUUGCCAGGGCAGAGCUUUGAAGCAGGGCUCUCUAACCAUCAGCUGUUUGCAGUUCAUCAGGUGGCAGAGCGUGUGGAGGCACUGGGCCAGUUUGUGAUGAAGACCAGGAGGACCCUGAAGGGCCAUGGAAAUAAAGUUCUCUGUAUGGACUGGUGCAAAGACAAGAGAAGAAUUGUGAGCUCUUCCCAGGAUGGGAAGGUGAUCGUGUGGGAUUCCUUCACUACCAACAAGGAACAUGCAGUGACGAUGCCGUGUACCUGGGUGAUGGCAUGUGCAUAUGCCCCAUCUGGAUGUGCUAUUGCUUGUGGUGGCCUGGACAACAAGUGUUCUGUGUACCCUCUGACAUUUGACAAAAAUGAAAAUAUGGCUGCAAAGAAGAAAUCGGUUGCAAUGCACACAAACUACUUGUCUGCCUGCAGCUUCACUAACUCAGACAUGCAGAUCCUGACAGCAAGUGGAGAUGGAACUUGUGCCCUGUGGGAUGUUGAGAGUGGGCAGCUUCUACAGAGUUUCCAUGGUCAUGGAGCUGAUGUCCUGUGCCUGGACCUGGCCCCUUCUGAAACGGGAAAUACAUUUGUCUCUGGGGGAUGUGACAAGAAAGCCAUGGUUUGGGAUAUGCGGUCUGGUCAGUGCAUCCAGUCAUUUGAAACCCAUGAUUCAGAUAUCAACAGUGUCAGAUAUUACCCAAGUGGAGAUGCUUUUGCCUCUGGUUCAGACGAUGCCACGUGUCGUUUAUAUGACCUUCGUGCAGACAGAGAAGUAGCAAUUUAUUCCAAAGAGAGCAUCAUUUUUGGAGCAUCCAGUGUGGACUUCUCUCUUAGUGGUCGCCUACUGUUUGCAGGCUAUAACGAUUACACCAUAAAUGUCUGGGAUGUGCUGAAAGGGUCCCGUGUAUCCAUUCUGUUUGGACACGAAAAUCGUGUCAGCACCUUGCGGGUCUCUCCUGAUGGGACGGCAUUCUGCUCCGGCUCCUGGGACCACACUCUCCGAAUCUGGGCUUAACCUGAGAUCCUGUAUGCAGAAUCAAAUGAAGACUGAUUCCCUGGACUACAAGAACUGCAGAAAAAUAUCCACCCCUCAAAUUCAAAUAUUUGCUACACUACAAAAGAAUGACACUGAACCCACAGAUUAACACAGCUAGGUAGAAAACGUACUCUGCUUGAACACAUAGCAAACAUCAACUUGUAGUUAAAUGAAAUGUUUUUAAUUCUGUUUUGAAACUAUCUUCUUUUAUUAGAACUAGUUUAGAUAAUUAUAAGGGACUUUUCUCUGAAGUCAUCUGUAUCAUAGAAUUGAGUAAUUUCAGUGCACUUUAUGUAUUUAUUUGCAUGAACUGAGUUCCUUUUUAAAGUUAAAAAAAAAGGAAAAAAAAGAAAAGAAAUAUUCCUGAUUAUCAGGAUGUAGCAUAAAACUUUGGAAACAUUCCAUAGCAGUGCAUUGAAUUUUGGUGUUGAAAAGUGGAAAGAAAAACAAUUCUGAUACUUUAUGAUGGUGUUAUGGAUGACUGAACCUUGGUCGUAAGUAGAGGAGCAAAGGACCUACUGUGAAGGUAGUGGCUGUUGUCAUAAAAAUGUAUUUUUUGUACAAAAAAGGAAUCCUUUCAAUCCCUGUUUUUUCCUACCGUCUUUUUAGAUAGAAAUAAGUAUUUCAUCUCUGUUACCUGAAUAUAAAGAAUCUGAAUAUAUACAAAAUGAUAAACUGCAAAGAUGAGGGAUAUAAACAUGAUUUACAUAAUCAUGAGGUAAUACUUAACCAGUAGUUUCUUAGAAAUUUUUGAUCGUAUCACUUGGUGAGUGAAUUUUCUUUCACUUAAAGGAAUACUACAUGCUAAGCACUAAGGGAAACGACAUGCUAAGCACUAAGCACCAUUAUACUGAUGGUCAAAUCUUUUCCAAGUCAGUCAUAGUCGUUCUACGAUCAUGAUUCUUAUUUGCAUUUUGAGCAGCUCCUACCACUUCGGCAGGGCAGCGUAGCUUAAAUGUGUAUUAAGGCAGUAUAUGCCCAUUUUAAGGUCCUCCUGCAAUGUCCGAGCAGUGUAAGUUCAUGCAAAUGCGGGUCAAACCUUACAAGCCAAAUGGUGCAGUCCUUACUCUAACAGUAAUCUCCCACUGGUGCGGACAUAAUUUUGUCGUAGUUGGACUUGAGAAUGAACAACAGUGAGCUGUUGAAAACCUGCUGUGAGCCACAGUCCUGCCAGCGUUUGACACUAUGCU